UCUUGCCUAUCAUCGUAAAAAUAUGAUACUUUGAUUUUUCACAGUGGAUUUUUUAUUUCAAGCUUUUGUUUGAUGUGAGUCACUUGGAUCUCUCCAUAUUUGUGAUAAAAUGAUAACGACAUUUGUGACACGCGUUUAUCAGGAAAAUGUUUACUUUUUUGUAAUCUAGGUGUCUUGUUUUAGUGUGAAAUAAACAUAACAAGAUCAUCUUUGAACAUUGGUCAGCUUGACUCGAUGUUAUCAGUUUUGACAUUAUUUUUGGAUUCGGUGGGGACAAGUUCACAAGGACGUUGACGUUAACAAGUUUCCGCAAUGGAUAGCUGUUUCGGGUUUCACCGUGAGAGUACAUCAGUUUAACUUUUUAACUAGAUUUGAUUGUAAUCAAGAUAACAUUUGAUUUUGGCUAUUCGCUUCAAGUAACGUCAAGAGAUAAAAUUUCGUAAAUUAUAUGCUUGAAACUCGUAAAGGCUGAGCCUUGGACUUUUCCUUUCGGACAGUGAAGUUGAGUUUUGAAGAGUUUUAUCGAAAAACACUUGAUAUAUGCAAUAAGUGUUUAGUCAGUACUUAAAGAGUUUCUUGUAGCAUUUAGUGUAUUAUAUUAAAACUUGCAGAAAAAAGCAGUUUUAAUUUUUAAACUUUUCAUAUAAUUGACUAGCCUUGUAAUUUUUGGUCAACAGCUAAACAAUAAUGUAUGAUACAUAGGUGUGUAAUAAAUCAUGGGAUUUACUUGAAUGAUUGAGCUAUUUAGUUUAAAUUUAAAUUUUCGUGCACGGUUGUUGAUUUGUAAGACAAUUCAAAGAUAUUUUCUGACAUGUAUAAUAAAUUGUUGAUAGGUAAAACUUCUAAAUUAGUAGUACCUGUGUGAAAUUUAAUGUACCGUAAGUUUGGAAAAUACUCGUAAUCCGUUUCAUACGUAAAGUCAAGUGGAACAUCUAAUUUUAUAGGAAAAUGUUUAGCGUGAGCACUUUCAUUCGUUAAUAACCAUCUUUUCUGAAUGAUAAAGCAAGCAUAAUUGACAAGGAUUAUCUGAGGUACAUAUGCUACGGGAAGUCUAAAGAUUUGCAUUGACAAUUUUGAAAAUCUUGACUUGAGAUUUAUAUAUCUUGAUAAAAUUUGACGAUAUUUCAUCUCAUGGAUAUUAGAGUAUAAAAUUUUCUUUUAUCGAAAUACAAAAGUGAUAAUUUUUUGACUUUAGAAUUUUAUGCUACCUUAAAAUGUGAUAUUUUUUGUGGAAUUUUAUGCCAUGUUGAAGUGUGAAAGAGGUGUAAAAAUGUUGGCGACUUGUGCUAUAUUUAAUUAGGUACUUGACGACUUGGAUUAAAGAAUUAAAGGAUUAACUAAAGUUGAAAUAACUUUCUAAUUGAUUAGAGAAAAAGAACAGUUAACAUUAAUGUCAACUUGACAAUUUGAAGAAAAACCGUCUUGUUUAUUCAGAUCUGUGUGAAAAAGCAUGAUUUUGCUGGAUUUGCCUGAAGGUGAAAAAACAGUGGGUUGUUUUUGUAGUGUUUUGUAUUGAAAAUGUACUUAUUUUGCAAAAUAAUCUCCACAGAUUUUGUACAAUAAGUGAGAUAGAAGAGUGCAGUUAUAAUGGAUGAACAUAGUAGAAUACCGGUUUAUAAAUCCACUCCUGUUUUGAGAGGUGUAGGAACAGGAUCUGUGCGGAGUUAUGAUCCUCGAGUCAUGGAUUUAUAUGAGGAUCCCGAAGAUGAUGAUUUUGGAUUUAAAUCAAUGCCAGAAUACGCUCUACAGAGGUUGUUUUCUCGUGAUGUUAAUUCGUUAACUUUGGACAGUUCUAUGAAUGAGCCAGAUUUGAGACGCCCUGUUCCACAGAUGAUAGUGACUCCGGAUUCGCCAGCGACGAUAAGAAAGAAACGGAGAGCUCCAGAUCCUCCGUCAGGCCUAGUUGCAGCUCGGCAAAAAUUUCCUUCAAGUGACGAUAUUGUUGAUAAAAAAUCGAAAGCAAGUCGAACAGGAAGUUCACCAGUUGGACGACCAUUGAGUAUGAGCCCAAAUCUGAAAGCUUCUAAUUUAUUGGACGAGUUACUGUAUAAAAUGAACACUCAGUCGCCUUCGCCGACUACCUCACCUAAGAUAAAUCGAACAAAAACGAUUUUGAAUAAGUUGCGUUCACCUAGAAUUACACAUAAGGGUUCAAGACGAAAACGUACAACCUCAAAGGAGGAGGAGGAGGCUGGGUUCAAGCCUUUGUCUCUUAGUAACAGUUCUUCUCUUGAUGAACCAGACGGAUUUACUCAGGAAACGUUAUUCUUCGUGAUUCUCCCAAUGGAUUUAAAUAAAGAUGCUGAGUUUGAGGUACAAAGAAUUCCUGAAUAUGACAAAUAUCUCAAUGAGCUUCUACAAGAGACAGAUCCUGGUCAUCCAGACUAUGAUCAUCUGAGUCGUGCAGCUGCUAAAGUCAGACAUAUGGUCAAGGAGAGGGAGGAUGAAUUGGGCAACAUGGACAAUCAGAAACGUAUGGAGCGUGUCCAGGACAAAUUCCCUUAUGAUGAUCUUCAGCUUCGUGACCUUGACCUGCAGAGAAGACAGUUGUCCGCCCGGAGAAAGUCUGCCCCAGGGGCAGUUCUCUUCAAAACCCUUGGAAAAACCAAAAGCUCGAAUAAUUUACUCCAACAACCAACCAUGGGCAAGAAGGAUAUGGAAUUUUUCCGUCCCUCGCGGACUAAUAACAACUUCAACAGACAGUACCUCAUGGAAGGCAUUGUUGAGUUCUCUCGGGGCAUGCAGACACAGGACCGAUAUCUUUUCCUCUUUAGCGAUCUUCUCCUUGUAGCUAAACAAAAGUCCAACACAACAUUCAAGCUUAAACAUCGUAUACGUGUGUGCGAGCUGUGGAUAGCAGAUUGCAUUGAUGAUGUCACAGAAAUAACACGGCCUACAGAAAGAUCAUUUGUGAUUGGUUGGCCUACAACAAAUUAUGUUGCCACAUUCAGAAGUCUGGAGCUGAAAGAAACAUGGCUCAACAAAUUCAGAGAGCAAGUUGAAGAAGAGCGUGCAAAGUUACGGCCGAAAACUCUGCAACUAGAUGUCCAUCAUAGAGAGAUUGAUAAGGCAUGUCAUGUAGAAGUUGAGAGUGUUACAGAUGUAUUGUCUAUCAUCAAGUCCUGUCUGGAACAGUUAAACAUAUCAGAGACGGAGGUGAAAGAGUACCAGUUGUGGGUGAGACUAGGACCAGAUGAAGCCCCCUACCCUCUCUGUGGCCAUGAGUUGCCAUAUGCGAUCAAAUUAAAUCAGAUUCGAGACUUUGGAAAGAGGACCGAAGACAACUUGACGGAACUGGAGAUUGAGCGUAUCAUUAAAGAGAUGCAAGCAAACAACAGAAAAUACGAGUUCUUUCUCAAACACAAAAAGUCACAGAAAAGACACAGUCUAGAUGAAACUUCUACAUCAAAACAGUCAAAAGGAAAGAGAAAGUCUCCGCUAAUCAACAUCUUCCGUAGAAAUCGCGAUGAUAAAAAGCCACAGGGGAAGCUGUUUGGCCACAAACUCGCUGAUGUUACGUCAGCAGAAAAUCUGAUUGCAAAGCCCGUCAAGGAGCUGUUGACGAUUCUGUUCCGAGAGGGACCGUACACAGUGGGCAUACUGAGAAAAUCGUGUAAUGCGAAGAUGUGUAAGGAAUUACGUCAGAAGCUUGAUGACGGAGAAGACUGUCUGACAAACGAAACAUGGCCGCCUCUCGUCAUCGGUGCCCUCAUUAAGGAUUACUUAAGAAAUAUACCCCAUAGUCUUCUGAUGGAGGAAUUGUUUGACGACUGGAUCACAGCUAACAGUUAUACUGAUCCAACAGAGAAAAAUAAUAAACUUAAAGACACAUUGAGUAAACUUCCCGACCCUCACUACGAUCUCUUGCGCCACCUAAUGUGUGUUCUUUACCAUAUUGAUAAGAAAUCAGAUGAGAACAAAAUGACAGCAUACAAUUUGUCAGUGUGUAUAGCACCGAGUCUUCUGUGGCCGAAGGGAAAUAAUGACCCGCUUGCGACUCCUCCUGCAUUGUUACAAUACAUGAUAGAGAAUUGUACUCAGGUGUUUGGCAUGGAUUCAAUUCUUCUGUUUGGUGAUUCAGUUGAGCAGAAACUACGCCAGGAUUCCAGCACAGACUCCGACAGUAUGCACAGUGUGCUCAGUUCACAUGGUAAUUUCCGCCGUGACGAUUCCUCAAUAGAUAGUCUAGACCGGGAGAUCUUAUACUCAGGGGAAAUGGAUCCUGGUUCUCAUGUAGCAAAAUCUCAUUUCUCGCCAUCCAAUCUCAGUGGAGAUUCGGGAUUAAUCAGCGAUUCUCAGUAUUAUGACGAGGAUGGCAACGGAAAUGAUAUAGUUCGCCCGUACAUGCGCAGUACUUCAUUUAUUCAUCCAGAUGCUUUACGGGAAGAAAUCGAUCGCACAAGUCAGAGUUUGGAUAGUCAAUACUUUUAUCAGUAUGAUCCACAAAAUCCUGUACCUCCACCUCGUAGGACGCGCAGGAAAGGUUCUGAUCAAAGUGGAAGUCCAAAUAUGGAAUAUGAUCGAAAACCCACGCGAUACACUUCUGAAUCAAACUUUCAUGUGCCAAAUAGGUACAACAGGCGUUAUAAUCAAAAUAUGGCUGAUAAGUUGAAGAGACGGUCUACUGAAUCUUUAAAAAGUGUCGAAGAAAGUUCAGAAGCGGACUCUGAAAUGAUCAUGCAGGGUUAUAGAAGACCUGAUAUAGGUACUUUAGUAAAAUCAGCAAGUGGUGCUCAUUUAUAUUUUGAAGAACCGAGUUUGAUGGAGUUUGACGAUAUUAAUACUGUAAAAAACCGUAGGCAUUUGUAUAAACAGUCAAGUGAAGGCACUAUGCCUAUGUCUCCACAAUCAAAAUACUCACUGAGUAGUUCUCGGGAUAGUGUACUAUCGGAUUCAUCUGGAUCUUUCCUGAACCGACAAAACAGUCCCGAUCCUCUUUCUUCUUCAGCGGAAACGCCAGAACAGGAGGAAUGUGGGAUGUCCGCAUGGUUAAAUCAGCAAACAAAACAUACAGCAUAUGCUGUUCAAAAACAGAGACAGAUAAGUCAUGAUGACAGUGAAAUAGGUAUGAAAAUUGACAGAAAACCUAUGAAUAAAAUGAAUUAUCUCGUUUCACCAAAAUCGUCUCCGAAAACAUCACCAAAGUUGAGAAGACGGUCACCGAUACCUCUCUGUAACAGGAGAUCAUUUCCAUUAAAUGCAGAAAUUUCUCCGAAAGGUUCUGGCUCAAACACAUCAAAAGAAGCAGAAGACAUUAUAAAAUCACCAAAAUUGUCAAUAACAUAUUGUUCACAGGACUCGUUAGAUAAACGUGAUUUCGAUACUCAGAAGGACAAAAAUCCUUCACCUCAUUUAGACGUUUACAAUAACAAUGCUCAAGUAGCAAUGAAACAGUUGAACAUCUAUUCAAAUGGUCUACAAGGAACGUCUCCACCUCCGCGUGUUGUGCUACAGGGUUUGAACUCACAGUCUCAAACCCAAAGACGUGAAAACACCCCAGUGAAAGGCAAUCACGGAAUUUUACCUCAAGCACGUAGAAACAGUUUCGAUACAGCACAGUUCAUUGAACACAAGAAAUAUCCUAUGGAGGAAAAUUCUGUUUCAAGUGAGGAUCAAGAUGACUCUGAUUCGGAGUGUGAAAUGACAACACGUGUGAUGACAAUGGUUAAUAUCCCAAUGUCGUUUAACAUUCCUCAGAAGCUUCUUACUGAUAACAAAAGUUCUAGUUCCGAUUCGUUAUCUAGAAGUUCCAGUCAUUCUGAGGACCUUGGUGUUCAUCGACCAGAAAAUCCACCAGAUUACGAUGAAGCUGUGCAACGUAGCAAUCUCCUUAAACAAGGACUGUCGCCAGAAGAAUAUGAUGUGGAAACGGUAAAACAGGCUAGUUUGAAAGCCAAGCAACUGUAUGAACAAUCAAUGAAACAGUAUCAAGAACAAGCUGUUAGAUAUUCAUUACCCUCGCAAAAAUUUGAGAAAACAUUGGAUGUUCAUGAAGAACAAUUAAGCGAAGAAACUGGAUCUAUUACUGACUCUAGUGAAGACGAACAGCCCGAGUACAAUCCUCGUAAACUUUACGAGGAAUCUCUGAAACGUUACUUGGAGGAACAAUCAAGCAGAUCUCCUUUGGUAAAAAUGUCGUCUGCUGACAGGGAUAUUUCGAUUUCGAAUAACAAAGGAGGUAGGCUUGGUGUGAACCAUUUAUUAUCGCCACAUGGUUCGAGUCUACAUAGAAGUAGUAGUGACAUUGGUGAUAUACAGAGAAGAAGCCCAAGAAUACAUAGUCGGGAAACAACCCCGACAAGGAGGCCAGAACAGCCUCCACCUUAUAACAACCCACCCCCUUAUCAUAGUGAACGCACAGAAUCUAGUCCCAGUAGUGCAAGAAGACACUUGUUCCCAAAAGCAGGGGAACCAAUGAACAAAUCUCCUACGCAAAAAUAUGUGAACACAUCUCCAAAAAAUGUGCCUGGAAUUUCAUCAGAAAGUAGCUCUAAAGUUGAAAGCUCAAAGGAAAAUGCUCAGACUGCUUCUGUUCCAAAGCGUAGAGACAAUAUUCCCGUGUCGAAUAGAGCAAGAACUUUAACAACCACAGCUCAAAGUCCAGAAAGAAGUAGUACAAAAUCUAAUAAUCGUAACAGUAGAAUUACGGAUUAUUCAAUUCAUAGUGCUCAAAGUGAAAUUGGACGGUAUCAGUCGCCAGUUACAAACAUUAGAAGUAGAGACUCGUCAGCUAAUUCUCGUUCAUCAAAAUCAAACACUCCGGUUUCAAACAUUGAUCACUCUCAGUCGAACAAUGUGUUCAGAUCACGUGCUUCAUCUUUAGAACCAAAACAACCUCAAGCAAACCUUGCCCAUCCAAGAACGUCAUCUCAAGGAGCCAUUUCUUACAGAAAUCCGAAAAUAUCAUCAAGAGAAACAGAAGCGGCGAAACCUCGACCAUCAUCAACUAUAGAACCAUCUUGCCAUACCUCACUAGACACUGCAGUAAACAGACACUCUGUAGCUGUUCAGAAAGAGCUCCCAUGGAGUGUGAAAAGACUAAGUAAUAUUUUCGAUCCCACGGCACCAGAUAGUAAUAAUUCAGUUACCUCGCAAUCUCAUUCCUCAUCGCCAGUGCCUAACUUACCAUCAAAAUCAUCACGUGCUCCACCAACUUACACUCCGCCACCAACGUUCCAGCGCUAUAGUGACAAUACUCGUUCCAGCACUUCCAGUAACAGCAGUGUGGGAAGUUCGAGUCGAAACAAACCAGAGACAAAAUCGUUCAAUAAAUAUGGCCCACAGGCUAGAGACUCCUUUAGUUCGACUGAUGAGUCUGACUGUUCGUGCCGAUAUUCUUUCAGCUGUCGGAGAGACAAUAAUAGUCUUGAAGAACUUACGGACAUCAGUUUUACUGAUAUUACCUAUGUUUAAGCAAUAAGUAGUACUGUUCGAAUAAACAAAAUUGUGUUCAUAUAUUCUCCAAGUACAUACUGCCCUGAUUAUGAUUUUUAAGCAAUAGUCAUUUAAACAAAACAAAAACAAUAAUCUGAUAAAGAAUUUAAUCCUACAGUGCACCAUGUGGAAAGUAAAUUUUCUGUUUAUAUUGCAUUAAUUGUGAUUUUUAUGUAAUUCACAGUGAUAAAAGAUUUUGCAAGAAAAUAUAUCUCUGUUUAACCCCUUUUUUGGUGUUGAAAAUCUUUAUCGCUUUGCAAUAGUGUUUAAGAAUCAGGAUGGGAAAAAAUGGCAAAGAUUUGUCGGUCUUUAUAUUUUUCGAAGAUAAACUGCCGUCUCUUCUUUUGAACAAGCUGGUAUUCUGUAUGAACAAAAUACUCGAAAUAAUGAAACCAUAUUACCUCUUUGCAUAUGUGUUUAGAUUUUUUGGCUCAUUUUAAAUGUGUGGCAGACAAUCAACACAAGAUGAAGUUCACUUUAGGUAUUAGACCCCAAAUAAACUUUGGCAAAAGUUGCAUAAUAUUUUCUUGUUCUGCAACCUUUUUGGCUGUCAGUGACAUUGGCUGUAAUUUCUUAUCUUUUAAGAUACCAGUUUUAAUAUAAUUCGAAGUGUUUGAUAAAAUAUCAAACUAUAAACACACAUAAUUUGCUAAUGUCUGUUUUGGUCUAUAAUGUCCUAAAGAUUUGGACUAAAUACUUGUCUAAGGUUUUUAUUUUGUAAACUUUCUAGUAUAUGUAGAAAGUAUGGAAUGAAAUCGUUUUGAUUAAGAAAAAAAAUGUGCUUCCAGAAUGCUUAAGAACGAAAUGUGUUCAUUUCUGUAGAAAAAAAAAAGAAAACUUGUGUGCAAGGUAUCUGAAAAUAAGAGGAGCCCUUUUAUGUUGUUUUAGCAGAAUAUGAUUGUAAAAUACAUGUAUGUAAAUUGUAUCAUAUGAAAAAAAAAGUGUCUGUGAUAAUACUGAGUUAUACAUGAAAAUGUAUGUGUUAUGUUAUAAUAUGUUUGUAUUAUAUGUGUAUAUGUGUUUUUUUUGUGAUACGAAAGCUUCUCUUGAUAAAAACUUGUGUUAGGAAAAUAAGAUUCAGAGAAAAGAAAAAACUGUUAAAAUUUUGUAAAAUUGAGUUUACGCACAGCAAUAUCCAAAUAUCAGUAUAAUGUAUACAAGUAUAUUUUUGUCUAAAACAGGUAAAUUGUAUUUUGUAUGCAUAAUUUCCAGUAACCUAUAGCUUAACUGGGGUCAUAAUGUAUCCACCAGUAAAAAAUGAGGCUUUUUUAAAAGAAAUAAAUGAAUAAAAAAUCACCAUAUGAUAUUUUAGAAAUUUAUACUUUUAAUAUGUUUUAUGCUUUUAUAAACUGUUUAAAAUCAACCGAUAUUUGUAUCUCAGGUUGUUUGUAUAUAUAAAAGUUGAUUAAAAUGUACACAUAUAUUUAUGAAAAAAAAUUAUCAUAUUAUGAUAAUAACAUAGUGCUUAUUUCAUUAUAAAGUUAAAUUAAAAAAACAUGUUCUAUAA